CACGGUAUUAUCUGGUAUAGACUGUAGUCUAGAACUGCACGUAAAUAUUUGAUGUCAUUUUGAGUAAAACGCUGAAAAUCAAAUACCAUGUCACUUCGAGGCAAAGUGUGUCUUGUAACUGGGGCCACACGAGGUAUUGGUCAUGGUAUUGCUUUACAGCUUGGGGAGGCAGGGGCUACAGUAUACAUCACAGGCAGAACAUUAACACUACCCCCAGGUGAAGAGUCCGUGGGAAGUUGUCUGACAGACACAGCAAAAGAGAUUGAAAGCAGGGGAGGUAAAUGUAUUCCAGUUCAGUGUGACCACAGCAAGGAUGAAGAUGUGGAAAAUCUGUUCCAGAGGGUCAAGUCUGAACAGAGUGGACAGCUGGACAUACUGGUCAACAAUGCUUACUCAGCAGUCACAGCUAUUAUGAAAAAUGUAGGAGUACCAUACUGGGAGCAACCAAUCAACAUGUGGGACACUGUGAACAAUGUGGGACUAAGGAACCAUUAUCUCUGUGCUGUGUAUGCUGCCCGCCUCAUGGUGCCCGGGAAACAAGGAUUGAUCAUCAAUAUUUCUUCAGUUGGAGGACUGAGAUAUUUGUUCAAUGUACCCUAUGGCGUUGGAAAAGAAGCUUGUGAUAGAAUGGCAGCUGACUGUGCUCAAGAGUUGAAGAAACACAAUGUAGCUUUUGUCAGCUUAUGGCCAGGAAUAGUGAAAACGGAGCUUAUGCUGAGUAACUCUGACAAAAUGGAUGAGAAAGCACUGGAAAAGGUGGCAGGACCUGAUUCCCCGAUCAAAAUUGAUAAAAAUAAGAUGAAAGAAAUGUUACAAAAUGCAGAGUCUACAGAGUUUUCAGGGAAAUGCAUUGUGCAUUUAGCACAAGACCCCAAUAUAAUGGCAAAAUCUGGUCACGUUUUGAUGACGGCAGAGCUAGCAAGGGAAUAUGGGAUAAAGGACAUUGAUGGUCGGACAAUUCCAAGCAUGCGCCAAGUAAACCAAAUCCCUGGUGCUGGGUACCUACCAAACUGGGUCCGGCUUCCAAAGUGGGUAAUAGCACUUGCCGGUAACAAGUUUUAAUUGGAGAAGAAUUGCCAAAGUCUACAGUCUCUAUAGGAAAAAAUAAACUUAAUUUGCCCAUAAAUUAGAAGAAAUCUGUCAAUAACAGAUCAAAAUGACUUGUCCCUGCACAUUAAAAUAUAUAUAUUUAUAAAAUGUGUGACUUGUCCUCAAAUAUUGAUGUAUAUUACAUGUGUAUAUUAAAAUAUACAAAAUGUCCUCAAAUAUUGUACAUGUAUAUUUAUAUACCAUGAUGUAUUUAAAUAUAGUUAAUUUUGACAGUUAAUUGAUGUUAUUUUUUAAGUACAGGUUAGAAGUUUUACUCCACUUCUGGUAUCAAAUACAUGUAUAUCUGUUUUUUCCCAAAAAGGUUGUUAGUUAAAGCAAACAAUAAGCGUGCAACACAGAAAUUUUUUGAGAUUUAUGUAUAUUUGUUAAUGUAGAUUUUUUACUGAGGUGUUACAUAUUGAAUUUGUUUUAAUUUAAAAUAAAUUAUCUAGUAAUUGACA